UUUUAUGUUGCGUCACAGAAAGGAAGAAAGCUUCUUCAUUUGUGUGCCAGUUUUAGUACAACUUAAAUUACGAUAAGAUUAGAUAAAGUUUCAACAGCUGACAGCGGACUCCUUCAAUAAAAACAACCGACAAUUCGUCUUCGCGUUUCUUGUGAGAGUAGUUAGUGAUCGGCUGCGAGAAAUCACGACAAAAACAAUGGAUUUAAUCUUCCUGGUCGGUAACAUUGCUUUGGUGUGUACAAUCGCUGCGAGCUUUUCUGGAUUACCCCUUAUUUUGGAAUUUUUCCAAAAGAAAUCCACUGGAAAUGCAUCUGUGCUACCAUUCCUUGCUGCCAUGACGUGCACAAGUCUAUGGCUGCAGUACAGCAUUAUUAUGAAUGACCCAAUGAUGCAAACAGUCAAUUGGAUAUGUUCCAUUCUGCAGACGAUAUACGUUGGAUGCUUUUAUGUCAACUCAGUACAUAAGAAAAGAACGCAACAUAUGAUCGGCACUGUACUUACAUUUCUGAUUUUAACAUACUUAUACGGAUUUCAUGUGGCUGACAUAUCUACAGGAUCUAAUACCCUUGGAUUCCUAGCAGCAAUUGGAAGCAUAUUAGCUAGUGCAGCUCCCUUAGCAAGCAUCUCACAAGUAUUUCAGACAAAAAGUUCCGAAAGUUUGCCUUUUCUAAUAAUCUUUUCAACAUUUGUGGUGACCACGUUAUGGUUCAUUUAUGGAAUUCUUAUAGAAGACAGCUUUGUUCAGGUACCAAAUUUGAUUAGUGCGACAAUCUCUGGAUUUCAAUUAGCUUUGAUAGCUGUAUUCCCAUCAAAGAAAUUGCAAGAAAAAGAAGACUGAAUAAAUUAUGAAAAUAGCAUUGCUAAGGAGAAAUUUAAAAUAAUUUACUAUUUAUACAAUUUAUCAUGCCAUUAAUAAAGAUGUAUCACUAUCGUUAUUUUUUAAUAAACUUUUAUUUAUACCUUUU